UAAUAUGUUGACACUUGGUGAAAUAACAAAAAAUUAAUCUAUUUUGUCAGUAUACAAUCAAUUAAUAUUUGUUUUGUUAGUAUAGUGCUUUUUCUUACUCGUUAAGUUUAUUUUUGGAAAGUUUUGAGGUUAUGUAUGUUCAAAUCGAAGGCACUCGAAGAACAUUACGUUUUAUCAUAAAUGUGUGAUGAUUCGAAUGGAUUUUUAAAAUCUGUAGAGAUAUAAAAUAGAUUUACAUAAUUCAUAAGAAUUGAUGUGAUACCACUUGCAGCACCUUAUUCAUUGAACAUGAAUGAUUUUUACAAUCCACUUGGCCCAAAAGCAGCAUUUCCUCCACCACCUAAACCAAAACCCAAAAGAGUUCCAGUUUUUAUGUACGAUGAAGAGUGGGACAAAAUAGCAAUAUACCUUGUGACCAAUCAUCAAAGAUACAGAGAAAAUAUAAUAAUCCCUAGAUGUCUGGGUGGAGGCUACAUCAAAUCAAAUGAAGAAAAGAGUAUUGAAAGAUUUAUGGAAAGCUGUGUUUUUAAAAGCAUCAUGAGUUGUGUUUUAGGGUUUGGUCUUGGUGCGGCACUGGGUUUGUUCACAUCAAGUGUGAACCCAAACGUCGCUGCUGUUGAAAAGCAACAAACAGCUCGUGAAGUCUUUCGGGAAAUGAGAAUGACAACAUUAUCUUAUGCCAAAAACUUUGCUGUUAUCGGUUUUUUCUUCUCAGGUGUUGAAUGUGCCAUAGAAUCAUAUCGUGGUAAAACUGAUUGGAAGAAUGGCACGUAUGCAGGAGGCUUGACAGGAGGGCUUCUUGGUCUGAGAGCCGGCGUCAAGGCAGGUAUCGUUGGUGCCCUAGGCUUUGCAGCCUUCUCUACAGCAAUUGAUUAUUACAUGCACAAGGACUGAGCUGAGAGCCCAACGCACGCGCAGGCUUCUCAAGACGCUUGUCUUUGAUAUGUAAAAAAUGAAUUUGUAUAAAAAAGAAUACUUAUAUCGUGAGUCAUUCUCACGACUUUGUUAUAUUUAAAACUAAUAACAAUACUCGUUAAAGUGAUGUGUAAAGUAUGUUAAUAAUAAAAAAAAAUUGACUUGUUGAAAU